AACAAGCUCAAUAUUUUUUUUUUCCUUUUUCGUCAGUAACCGGUCCCAUCCUUACACCAAGGGGCAGGCUCGUUUUCGGGCAAAACCAACAGUCAUGAAUGCUGAAUAUGACUAUUUAUUCAAGCUUUUGCUGAUUGGAGACUCUGGAGUUGGCAAAUCAUGUCUUCUUCUGAGGUUUGCUGAUGAUUCAUAUCUGGAGAGUUAUAUAAGCACAAUUGGCGUGGACUUUAAAAUACGCACGGUGGAGCAAGAUGGGAAAACUCUAAAACUUCAAAUUUGGGAUACUGCAGGGCAAGAACGGUUUCGAACAAUCACUAGCAGCUACUACCGAGGGGCACAUGGCAUUAUAAUAGUUUAUGAUGUUACCGACCAAGCGAGCUUCAACAAUGUGAAGCAAUGGUUGAAUGAAAUCGAUCGCUAUGCAAGUGGGAACGUGAACAAGCUUCUGGUGGGAAACAAGUGUGAUCUUACUGCUAAAAAAGUGGUUUCUUAUGAAACAGCCAAGGCCUUUGCAGAUGAACUUGGCAUUCCAUUUAUGGAGACUAGUGCAAAAAAUGCCACUAAUGUUGAGCAAGCUUUUAUGGCCAUGGCUGGUGAUAUUAAGAACAGGAUGGCAAGUCAGCCGGCGUUAAACAAUGCGAGGCCGCCAAUGGUGCAGAUACGAGGACAACCUGUUAACCAGAAGACUGGAUGCUGCUCUUCCUAGUUAAUUUUGACCUAUUACCUGAAGAAUGAAUGCAUGUUAGAAUAGCUUUCUUAAUUCUGCUCUCUUUCAACAAGAGAAAAACUACGCAGUUUCAGUUUGUUUGUAAGCUGUUCUGAAAUCAAAUUCUUGCUAAUGGCCUGUACAAAUCGAGUAUAUUCGCCAUCCAUAUUUAUUUAUUCUUUUAAAUGUUUUUAAUCCACAUAUACUUUUU